AUGAACCACUCCGAUCCUCCUCCCAUUCAAUUCAACUCACCACCCCUCUCUCUAAGCCUCUUCGACGCCGAACCAUCCGCACCCCAACAACCAAACGGCGUCGUUCAUGGAUCUACUCCUCCCCACCACUCCGACCCCGCAAGUCCCACCAGCAGCACCGCCACAAGCUUCUCUCAUGAAAUUGAGGAAUUGAGUAUUCACGAUCCUCCAUCCGUCACUAACGAUUCCAAUGCUGCUUCGUUUCCUCGUAAACGACAUCUCGAUGAGGAUGAUGGUUCUACUUCAUGGAGGAAAAGAAAGAAGCACUUUUUUGUUCUCAGUCAUUCUGGAAAACCAAUAUACUCUAGGUAUGGAGAUGAACACAGGCUUGCUGGUUUCUCAGCAACUUUGCAAGCAAUCAUUUCCUUUGUUGAAAAUGGGGAUGACCGUGUCAAAUUGGUGAGGGCCGGAAAACAUCAGGUGGUUUUUCUUGUGAAAGGACCAAUCUACUUAGUAUGUAUCAGCUGCACAGAAGAGCCUUAUGAGUCCUUAAGAGCGCAAUUGGAUCUCAUUUACGGCCAGAUGAUUGUUAUACUGACAAAGUCAGUAAACAGAUAUUUUGAGAAGAAUCCAAAGUUUGAUAUGACGCCCUUGCUUGGUGGAACAGACACUGUCUUCUCUUCACUAAUCCACUCUUUUAAUUGGAAUCCAGCUACAUUUCUUCAUGCCUAUACUUGUCUACCUCUUGCAUAUGCAACAAGACAAGCUGCUGGUGCCAUUUUGCAAGACGUUGCUGAUUCCGGUGUUUUGUUUGCAAUACUGAUGUGCAGACACAAGGUAAUCAGUUUAUUCGGUGCUCAGAAAGCUUCUCUUCAUCCAGAUGAUAUGCUGCUACUGACCAACUUUGUUAUGUCAACAGAGUCAUUUAGGACCUCAGAGGCAUUUUCCCCUGUUUGCUUGCCAAGAUACAAUCCUUUAGCAUUUUUGUAUGCUUAUAUCCAUUAUUUUGACGAUGACACAUACUUGAUGUUGCUGACAAAUAAUUCUGAUGCAUUUUACCAUCUUAAGGAUUGCAGGAUUCGUAUUGAAUCGGUCCUUUUGAGGUCAAAUGUCCUUGUUGAAGUUCAGAGAUCCUUGCUUGAUGGAGGAAUGCAUGUUGAUGAUCUGCCACCCUUAUCUCAUUCUGGAUCAUCUCCUCAUUUGGGCCAGCAUAGGCUUCAACCAGAUUCUCCUGAAAGAUUGAGAGAAUCUAAUUCUGGUGUUGGUGCUGCUGCUGGUUUGUGGCAUUUCAUAUAUCGCAGCAUAUAUCUGGAUCAGUAUGUAUCUUCAGAGUUCUCACCACCUAUUAACACUCCUCAGCAGCAGAAAAGAUUGCUUAGAGCGUACCAGAAACUUUUUGCAUCCAUGCAUGAUAAAGGAAUUGGGCCACACAAAACUCAGUUUAAAAGGGAUGAAAACUAUGUUCUGCUCUGUUGGGUAACGCAGGACUUCGAACUCUAUGCUGCAUUUGAUCCCCUUGCAGACAAGGCCAAGGCAAUAAAGACAUGCAACAGGGUAUGUCAAUGGAUAAAGGAUGUUGAAAACGAAAUAUUUUUGCUAGGAGGUAACCCCUUUUCAUGGUGA